CGGCAACUCCGGGCUGCACCGGGGGUUUCACCUGCGCUCGAGACUAUUCGUGCGCGACUCAGCGCGAGCCGCCUCCGGGCGAGGAAGCGCCGCGGUCGGAGCAGCCCCGGCAGGGUUCUCCGAGCUAGGCUUGGCUGUGUCAGCCUUUAAUUGCCUCAGCAACGAGCAGAAGACUCCUGCAGCCCCACUAAGAAGAGUUUGCCCAGCGUAAAAGGAUUUUCCCAGGUUUUCCUUUUCUGCAAGUCCUGCUUGAACCACCAAUCACUGAAGCAGGGGAGAAGCAAAGGCAGAAGCCCCCCUCCUCCCUCCCAGUGGCCACUGACCUGUGUAGCUGGGGAGGUCUAGACUAGUGGUUUUCAACUUUUUUUCAUUUGUGGACCCCUAAAACAUUUUGAAUGGAGGUGCGGACCCCUUUGAACUCUAACUGUGGGUGUUCACCUCCUUUUGAUUGAUCAUAGUCAUCUUUCGCAGACUCUUUAGACAUAGUCCGCGGAACCCUAGGGGUCCACAGACCACAGGUUGAAAUCCCCUGGUCUAGACAGUAGGGGGCAACAGUGUGUGUGUGCACUGGUUUGUGUGCAUUGUGGAAGUGGAGACAACCUCCCCACACACACAUACAUACACACUGUAGGGAAUUUUGCUGGUAGACACCCAUAUCCUCCUCCCCACUCAUACACAUACACACAUGCCCUGUAGGGGAUUUUGUGGGUGGAAGCACACCCACAAAAGGUGGACAGUGCCUUAUCACAGAACAGAGGACUGUGCAAGCACACACACUGAUUGUAGACAGUUGUGGAUUUGCACCAUGUCCAUGCACAUGGGGUAGGCAGGGGUAUACACCAUACAGAGAAAUUCACACAGAGUAGGGGCUGAAGCAUGUGUGCACAUGAUUGGGGUUAUGAACACAUACAGUAGGUGGUUGUGUAUGCACACACAUGCAAGCAGAUGGUAGAGGAUGUGUGCAUGUCUACACGCAGUAGAAGAUUGCACACAUAGCAAAGGAUGUGUGCACACAUAUGCCAACAGUAGGGGUUGUGCAUAUACACACAUGUCCACACACACAAAGGCACACGCAUCCAUUGACCCCGCUAUGAUCCCUCCUUACUGUCAUCCCUUCCCCAUUGCCCGAUGGCUCUUCCUGGCUGCCUGUGUCCAGGGCGCUGGGGCCUAUGGCUUUGCCUACUGUUCCCUGUCAUUUGAACAGCCAGACUAUGCCAGUUGCAUGGGGCGUGGUAUCGUCCAGCUGAGCCAGGCCAUUGCUUCCCUGCCCAACACCACCAAGUGGAUCAAUGCCUCCCAGAAUGCCUUGCAAGUGCUGAACUUUAGCACCUUCACCCACCUUCCCCACCUCCAGGAGCUGCGGUUGGACCAGAACCAGCUGGGCACCCUUCACCCUGGUGCCUUCCAGGGGCUGGCGGAGCUGAAGCGACUGGACCUCAGUCAGAACCGGUUGGUGUCUCUGGAGCCUGCAGUGCUGGCAGGGCUCACUGCUCUGCAGGUACUGCACCUGGGACACAAUACCCUUGCCACCCUUCAUCCUGAGAGUCUGGCCUUGCUGGGUAGCCUCCAGGAGCUCCACUUGGCCUACAACCAGCUCUCUCAGCUCCAGGACGUGGCCAUGGCCAUGCGGGGGUUGGCCAACCUGUCCCUCCUCGAUUUGGAUUCCAAUCAGAUCUCCUCACCGUGCCGGAACUCCAGCCCGGUCUCCUUGCCCUUCCUGAAGAGCCUGAACCUAAGGAGCAAUAACAUUGUCUCUCUGGACCUCACCCACUGCUCUCUGCCCAGCCUGCGGAAACUCAAUCUCACCCGCAACAACAUGACUCAGCUGGUGGCCAGCUCCUUCUAUACCGCACCAAGCCUGGAGGAGCUGACUGUGGAUGAGAACCACCUGAACAUCUCCCAACUCCUGGGGCUGUCUUUGCCCAACCUCACAGCCCUGCACUUCUCCAGCAUGCGCCCGGCACUGGAGUCCGAUGUGGGGAUGGCUUGCCAGGUCUUACAGGGCCUCCCAGCACUGAAGGUCCUGGAUAUCAAGCACUCCAAGAUCCUGUCCUCACAAGUUGCCUGGCUGGGCUCAUGUACUAACCUGACCCAGUUGGAUCUAGCCACCACCCCUUUGAGCCACAAGGACAAAAUUAACUUCCAUACCUUUCGCAGCCUGGAGUUCCUCUCGCUGGACAAGUGCAAGAUCCAGCAGUUCAGUGGUAGCCAGUGGGGGGAGGGCCUGGCUCAGCUCCACACACUGAUUCUGCGGCGUAACCUCCUCACCAAGCUGGUGAAUGGCCUUUUCAAGGCCCUGCCCAAUCUGACCUUCCUGGACCUAUCCCGGAACCGCCUGACCUACGUCUACAAGAAAAAUUUCCUGGGCAUGGCCUCCCUGAGGACCCUGCUUCUCCAAGGCUGCCAACUGGCCUCGGUCACCCGCAACACCUUUGUCUAUGCCCGUAAGAUGGUGUUCCUGGACCUGAGAGACAACAGCCUCCUCUACCUGAAGACCUAUGCCUUCCAGCCCCUCAACCACCUUCAGACCCUACUGCUGUCUAGCAACAGGAUCCUCACCAUUCAGAAACAGGCCUUUACAGGCCUCACCUCCCUUCGGCAACUCUCCCUGGCCCAUAAUUACCUCUACAAGGUCUCCAAGGGCUCCUUCCUUGGCCUCAAGGCCCUGGAGGUGCUGGACCUCAGUCACAACCGUCUGUUCUCUUAUAACAAGCAAGACUUGUCUGCCCCCUUCACCUAUCUCCUCAGCCUCCGUACCCUUGACAUCAGCUCCCAGGAUCCCAAGCCUCCCAUUGAGCUCCCAGUCAACCUCUUCCAAGGCCUCCCUAAGCUCCAGAACCUCAGCUUGAGGGAAAACCCCAGCUCCGCCUUCUUCAACCUCUCUUUGGCCCCGCUGGCUGGACUCCAAUUCCUGGAUCUCUCUGACAUCUAUCCUAAAAGGGGAGAUCCCUUCUGCCUCCACUUAGGGCUGUUCCAGGGGCUGGGCCACCUGCGAUGGCUCAGGAUGGAUGGCAGUUCCCUCAGAGACCUGCCCUUGGACAUCUUCUCUGGCAUGGAGUCUCUGGAGGGGCUGUCAGUACGGGAAAACAAGCUGAGGAACCUCAGCCAGGCCCUGCUGGGUAACCUGACUAUGUUGCGGUACCUGGACGUCUUCAACAACCCCUUGGCCUGCUCCUGUGAGAACGCCUGGUUCCAGAACUGGUCUGUCAGUGACCCUGAUGUCCAAAUUCCCUUGCUUGGUUCCUACACCUGCUUGGGCCCAGGGCUGAGUGAGAUGGGCUUUGAGAAGAUGGAUCUGACCUUCUGUAGGGUGGACAUAGCCAUCUUCUUCUUCCUGGUAGCCUUUUUUGCCACCUUUCUGACGAUGCUGGGCUCUGUGGCAAAGGCCAAGAUGGGCUGGACACUGAGGCACAGCUUCUACCUGCUCUGGGCCUGGGGCAGGGGCCGGCUGCAGAGGCACCGCCAGGCCUAUCAGUAUGAUGCCUAUAUCUCAUGCUGCACCCAGGAUGAACCAUGGGUGGUGGAGAAGCUGCUGGUGGAGCUGGAGGAGGGACAGCCCCAGUACCAGCUGUGCUUUGGGCCCAGGGACUUUGCACCGGGUGCCUACUACCUGGACAAUGUCCAGAAUGGUGUCAGCAGCAGCCGCAAGACGCUGUGCGUGGUGAGCAGGAACUACUUGGAGAGUGAAUGGUGCUCCCUGGAGAUGCAGUUAGCCUGCUCCCAGACCUACUACCAGGGGCACGACCCCCUGGUGGUGGUCUUCUUGGAGGAGAUCCCCAACUACAGGCUCACCCCCUACCAUCGCCUGAGGAAGCUGUUGAAGCAGAACAGCUACCUGCACUGGCCGGAGGAACCUGAUGCUGAAGAUAUGUUCUGGACCCAGCUGCGGGAGGCCUUGGAUGCUGGUGGCAGCACCAAUAAGCUCCAUCAGUUCAAUGUGAUAGAGUAGCCUGGACCAGGCCAAGCCAAGCUGCUGGGAUGGGGGCAGAGGGGGUCAGAGGAGAGCCCCAUUGCUGGUGGGCUGAGAAAGGGAUCAAGACCCCUUGGGGAGCAGAGUGGCUCCGCUCCAUCCAGCAGGAGGUGAGGAUGUGUGCAUGCACGCAUGCACAUAUGCUGACACACACAGAAGGACUUGUAUGGCAGGGACACACACACACACACACAGUUAGGCAGUUCUGAUCCCCUCCAGUAGAGAGCAGCAUUUUACACACACCCCCCCCACCCCCCCCCCCUCCCGCCCCCGCUUGUGGUGGCAGGGACGUGCGCGCACACAGCUGGGCAGUUCUGAUCUCUUCCAGUAGAGGGCACCAUUUUACACGCACUUACACACACACACUCACACAGAUGACUUAUAGCGGCAGGGACACACACAGGGCUAGGGAACUCUGUUCUGUAUGCAACACUGUACAGAGCACACCUUUGAAA